AUGCUCGGGCCCCAGCUGCUGCUGCUUCUCUCCUGCGGGGGUGCCCUGCUCAGCGCCGGUCUGGACGACAGCUCCUUGGUGCCCCCAGGCCUCCGGAGGCUGAAGGACUCCCCGCAGACAGCUCCAGACAGGGGCUGGUGCUCCACGUGGGGGCCCGGCCACUUCACCACCUUCGACGGCCACACGUAUGACUUCUCGGGGACCUGCAACUACAUCUUUGCGGCCAUGUGCAAGGAUGCCUCGUCCACCUUCAGCGUGCAGCUACGGCGAGGGCCGAGCGGGAACAUCUCCCGGGUCAUCGUGGAGCUGGGGGCCUCUGUGGUCACUGUGCAGAAGGCGGUCAUCUCCGUCAAGGAUGUGGGGGUCGUCAGCCUGCCCUACACCAGCAACGGGCUCCAGAUCACACCCUUUGGCCAGAGCGUGCGGCUGGUGGCCAAGCAGCUGGAGCUGGAGCUGGUGGUCAUGUGGGGUCCGGGCGCCCACCUCAUGGUCCUGGUGGAGAAGCAGCACAUGGGCAAGAUGUGUGGGCUGUGUGGGAACUUCGACGGCGAGAAGGCCAAUGAGUUUUUGAGCGAGGACGGGCAACUCCUGGAACCCCCUAAGUACGCCGCCCUCCAGAAGCUGGAUGACCCCAACGAGAUCUGUGCCUAUGAGGCCAUCCCCAGCCCCCGGGUCCCGCAGGCAGAGAACGCCCAGACCUGCAUCCAGCUGCUGACCCUGGUGUCCCGCGAGUGCAACGUGCCCAAGGAGCCCUUCCUGCUGAGCUGCCAGGCGGACAUGGCCACGUGUGCCCAGCCCGGCCGGCACCACUGCAGCUGUGCCACGCUAUCUGAGUACUCGCGUCAGUGCAGCAUGGCCGGCCAGCCCGUCAACAGCUGGCGGGGCCCUGGCCUCUGUUCUGUGGGCCAGUGCCCAGCCAACCAGGUGUACCGGGAGUGCGGCGAGACCUGCGUGCAGACCUGCUCCAACCCGCGGCGCAGCUGCUCCGGCUUCUGCACCUUCGGCUGCUUCUGCCCGGAAGGUAUGGUUCUGGACGACAUCUCCAAAAACCACAGCUGCGUGCCUGUCCCCCAGUGCCCCUGCAUGCUCAGCGGGGUAGUCUUCGCCCCUGGGGAGGUCACGACAGCCGCCUGCCAGACCUGCCAGUGCUCUGGGGGCCGCUGGGAGUGCGUGGAGCAGCCCUGCCCCAGGCGCUGUGCCCUGGAGGGCGGCUCCUUCGUCACCACAUUCGACGCCAGGCCCUACCGCUUCCACGGCACCUGCACCUACAUCCUCCUCCAGAGCCCCCAGCUCCCGGACGGGGGCUCGCUCAUGGCCGUGUACGACAAGUCUGGGUACUCGCACUCGGAGACAUCGCUGGUCGCUGUCAUCUACGUGUCCAGCCAGGACAAAAUUGUGAUUUCUCAGGACGAGGUGAUCACCAACAACGGGGACACCAAGCGGCUGCCGUAUGAGACUCGCAACAUCACGGUCUUCAGGCAGACAUCCACCCACUUGCAAAUGGUCACCACCUUCGGGCUGGAGCUCGUGAUCCAGCUGUGGCCAUUGUUCCAGGUGUACAUCACUGCCGGGCCCCAGUUCAGAGGCCAGACCAGAGGGCUCUGCGGCAACUUCAACGGGGACACGACGGACGACUUCACGACCAGCAUGGGCAUCACCGAGGGCACCGCCUCGCUCUUCGUGGACUCCUGGCGGGCAGGGAACUGCCCAGCCGCGCGCGAGCGUGAGACCGACCCCUGCUCCAUGAGCCAGCUCAACAAGGUGUGCGCGGAGACCCACUGCGCGGUGCUGGUGAAGAAGGGCACGGUGUUCGAGAGGUGCCACGCCGCCGUGGACCCCAAGCCCUUCUACAAGAGGUGCGUGUACCAGGCCUGCAACUACGAGGAGACCUUCCCGCACAUCUGCGCCGCCCUGGGCGACUACGCCCUCACGUGCACCUCACGGGGCGUCCUGCUCCCGGGCUGGAGGAGCAGCGUGGACAACUGCAGCACCCCUUGCACAGGCAACCAGACGUUCAGCUACGACAGCCAGGCCUGUGACCGCACGUGCCUGUCUCUGUCCGACCGCGAGGUCGAGUGCCACCCCAGCGCCGUGCCCGUGGACGGCUGCAACUGCCCCGAGGGCACCUACCUGAACCACAAGGCUGAGUGCGUGCGUGAGGCCCAGUGUCCCUGCCUCCUGGACAGCUCCAAGUUCAUCCUGGCCGACCAGUCCACCAUGGUCAAUGGAGUCAUCUGCUACUGCGUCAACGGGCGGCUGAGCUGCCCGGCACAGCCUCAGAUGCUCUUGGCAACCUGCUCGGCCCCCAAGACGUUCCAGUCCUGCAGCCAGUCCUCGGAGGACAAGUUCGGGGCAGCCUGCGCUCCCACCUGCCAGAUGCUAGCCACCGGCACCCCCUGUGUGCCCACCAAGUGUGAGCCUGGCUGUGUCUGUGCCAAGGGGCUCUACGAGAACGCCAGCGGACAGUGCGUGCCCCCCGAGGAGUGCCCGUGCGAGUUUGCAGGCGUCUCCUAUCCCCAGGGCGCCGAGCUCCACACGGACUGCAAGAGCUGCAUCUGCUCUAGGGGGACGUGGGCAUGCCAGCAGACUGCCCACUGCCCAUCCACCUGCACCCUCUACGGGGAGGGCCACGUGGUCACCUUCGAUGGGCAGCGCUUCGUGUUUGAUGGCAACUGCGAGUACAUCCUGGCCACAGACGGCUGCGGUGCCAGCGACUCGCAGCCCACCUUCAAGAUCCUUACAGAGAAUGUCGUGUGUGGGAAGUCGGGCGUCACCUGCUCACGGGCCAUCAAGAUCUUCCUGGGGGGCCUGUCCCUCGUGCUGGCGGAUGGGAACUACACAGUCAGCGGGGAGGACCCCGGUGUGCACUUCCGGGUCAAGGCCGGCUCCCUGCACCUGGUGCUGGACGCCACCGUCAGCAGCACGUACAACCUGACCCUCAUCUGGAACAAGCACAUGACCGUCUUCAUCAAGAUCGCCCGUGCCUCCCAGGACGCCCUCUGCGGCUUGUGCGGCAACUACAACGGGAACAUGAAGGACGACUUCCAGACACGCAGCAAGUACCUGGCGUCCAGCGAGCUGGAGUUCGUGAACUCCUGGAAGGAGAGCCCGCUGUGCGGGGACACCACCUUCACGCAGGACCCCUGCAGCCUCAACGCCUUCCGUCGCUCCUGGGCUGAGCGCAAGUGCAGCAUCAUCAACAGCCAGACCUUCGCCGCCUGCCAUGGCCAGGUGUACCGCCUGCCUUACUAUGAGGCCUGCGUGCGCGACACGUGUGGGUGUGACACCGGCGGGGACUGCGAGUGCCUGUGUGACGCUGUGGCCGCCUACGCCAAGGCCUGCGUGGACAAGGGCGUGUGCGUGGACUGGCGGUCCCCAGACUUCUGCCCCAUCUACUGCGACUUCUACAACACCCACACGCAGGUGGACGGCGGCAAGUACCAGCACGCCCAGGCGGCCAGCUGCACAUGGCACUACCAGCCGUGCCUCUGCCCCGCGCUGCUGCAGAGCUUCCCGGGGCCCAACAUCGAAGGCUGCUACAACUGCUCCCAGAACGAGUACUUCGAUCACGACAAGGGGAUGUGCUUGCCGUGCAGCCCCGACCCGGACACCCAGCCUUCCGGCCACGCCAACGGCCACAGCCACAGCCCCCACCACCCAGACACAGCCAACAGUCCCCUCAGGAGAUUCACCUCAAACCACCUCCACCGUCACCACACGGGCCACAUCGGCGCCGACCACCACGGCCACUCGAAGGCCAACAGCCACGGCACCCACCGUGACCCAAGCCACAACACAGCCCACAGGAUCCUCCCACGACACAGCCACGCGGUCCACAGCUCGGUCCACGGCGCGAACCACAGCAGCCCCACCAACCCCGGCAACAUCAGGGACCUCCACAGUGUCCCCCGCAAGUCCGCCCACGGGAACACCUUUCUGGACCGCCACCACCUACCCCACCCCAUCACACCCACAGACGCUUCCCCCCAACGUGUCAACAUCUGCCACCUCCUUGGUGGUUCCAACCUCUCACCGAGUCACCACAUCAACGGAGCCCCAUGCUACCUCCUCCAGCCCAAAGCCAACUGGUACCCCACCCACAUCGACACACGUCCCUGUCACAGACACAGAGCCCACACCCACAGCCCCGCCACCGACCAAGACCACAACAGGGACCGCCACACCCACAGCCCCGCCACCGACCAAGACCACAACAGGGACCGCCACACCCACAGCCCCGCCACUGACCAAGACCACAACAGGGACCGCCACACCCAGAACACCACCACUGACAAAGACCACAACAGAGACCACCACACCCACAGCCACAUCACUGACAAAGACAACAGGGACCACCACACCCACAGCCCCGCCACUGACAAAGACCUCAACAGGGACCACCACACCCACAACCCCGCCACUGACCAAGACCACAACAGGAACCGCCACACCCACAGCCCCGCCACUGACCAAGACCACAACAGGGACCGCCACACCCACAGCCCCGCCACUGACCAAGACCACAACAGGGACCGCCACACCCACAGCCCCGCCACCGACCAAGACCACAACAGGGACCGCCACACCCACAGCCCCGCCACCGACCAAGACCACAACAGGGACCACCACACCCACAGCCCCGCCACUGACCAAGACCACAACAGAGACCACCACACCCAGAACACCACCACUGACAAAGACCACAACAGAGACCACCACACCCACAGCCCCGCCACUGACCAAGACCACAACAGAGACCACCACACCCACAGCCCCGCCACUGACAAAGACAACAGAGACGACCACACCCAGAACACCACCACUGACAAAUACCACAACAGAGACCGCCACACCCACAGCCACACCACUGACAAAGACCACAACAGGGACCGCCACACCCACAGCCCCACCACUGACAAAGACAACAACAGAGACCACCACACCCACAGCCCCGCCGCUGACAAAGACCACAACAGAGACUGCCGCACCCCCAGCCCCGCCACUGACAAAGACCACAACAGGGACCACCACACCCACAACCCUGCCACUGACAAAGACAACAGCACGGACCACCACACCCACAGCCCCGCCACUGACAAAGACAACAACAGAGACCGCCGCACCCACAGCCCCGCCACUGACAAAGACCACAACAGGGACCACCACACCCAGAACAUCACCACUGACAAAGACCACAACAGAGACCACCACACCCACAGCCACACCAGUGACAAAGACAACAGAGACCACCACACCCAGAACACCACCACUCACAAAGACCACAGCAGAGACCACCACACCCACAGCCACAACACUGACAAAGACCACAACAGAGACCACCACACCCACAACCCUGUCACUGACAAAGAGCACAACAGGGACCACCACACCCACAGCCCUGCCACUGACAAAGACCACAACAGGGACCACCACACCCACAGCCCCGCCACUGACAAAGACCACAACAGAUACCACCACACCCACAGCCCCGCCACUGACAAAGACCUCAACAGGGACCUCCACACCCACAACCCUGCCACUGACAAAGACCACAACAGGGACCGCCACAUCCACAGCCCUGCCACUGACCAAGACCACAACAGAGACCACCACACCCAGAGCCCCGCCACUGACAAAGACCACAACAGAGACCACCACACCCAGAACACCACCACUGACAAAGACCACAACAGAGACCACCACACCCACAGCCACACCACUGACAAAGACAACAGGGACCACCACACCCACAGCCCCGCCACUGACAAAGACCUCAACAGGGACCACCACACCCACAACCCCACCACUGACAAAGACUACAACAGGGACCUCCACACCCAGAACCCCGCCACUGACAAAGACCACGACAGGGACCACCACACCCACAGCCCCGCCACUGACAAAGACCACAACAGAUACCACCACACCCACAGCCCCGCCACUGACAAAGACCUCAACAGGGACCUCCACACCCACAACCCUGCCACUGACAAAGACCACAACAGGGACCGCCACAUCCACAGCCCUGCCACUGACCAAGACCACAACAGAGACCACCACACCCAGAGCCCCGCCACUGACAAAGACCACAACAGAGACCACCACACCCAGAACACCACCACUGACAAAGACCACAACAGAGACCACCACACCCACAGCCACACCACUGACAAAGACAACAGGGACCACCACACCCACAGCCCCGCCACUGACAAAGACCUCAACAGGGACCACCACACCCACAACCCCACCACUGACAAAGACUACAACAGGGACCUCCACACCCAGAACCCCGCCACUGACAAAGACCACGACAGAGACCACCACACCCACAGCCCCGCCACUGACAAAGACCACAACAGAGACUGCCGCACCCCCAGCCCCGCCACUGACAAAGACCACAACCGGGACCACCACACCCAGAACAUCACCACUGACAAAGACCACAACAGAGACCACCACACCCACAGCCACACCACGGACAAAGACCAAAACAGAGACCACCACACCCACAACCCUGCCACUGACAAAGACCACAACAGAGACCACAACACCCACAGCCACACCACUGACAAAGACCACAACAGGGACCUCCACACCCACAACCCUGCCUCUGACAAAGACCACAACAGGGACCUCCACACCCACAACCCUGCCACUGACAAAGACCACAACAGGGACCCCCAGACCCACAGCCCCGCCACUGACAAAGACCACAACAGGGACCCCCACACCCACAGCCCCGCCACUGACAAAGACCACAACAGAGACUGCCGCACCCCCAGCCCCGCCACUGACAAAGACCACAACAGGGAUCACCACACCCACAGCCCCGUCACUGACAAAGAACACAGCACGGACCACCACACCCACAGCCCCGCCACUGACAAAGACAACAGCACGGACCACCACACCCACAGCCCUGCCACUGACAAAGACCACAACAGAGACCACCACACCCACAGCUCCGCCACUGACAAAGACCACAACAGGGACCACCACACCCACAGCCACAUCACUGACAAAGACAAGAGGGACCACCACACCCAGAACACCACCACUCACAAAGACCACAACAGAGACCACCACACCCACAGCCACAACACUGACAAAAACCACAACAGGGACCACCACACCAAGAACCCCGCCACUGACAAAGACCACAACAGAGACCACCACACCCACAGCCCCGCCACUGACAAAGACCACAACAGAGACCGCCACACCCACAGCUCCGCCACUGACAAAGACCACAACAGGGACCACCACACCCACAACCCUGCCACUGACAAAGACAACAGGGACCGCCACAGCCACACCACGGACAAAGACCACAACAGAGACCGCCACACCCACAGCUCUGCCACUCACAAAGACCACAAUAGGGAACACCACACCCACAGCCACACCACUGACAAAGACCACAACACAGACCACCACACCCACAACCCUGCCACUGACAAAGAACACAGCACGGACCACCACACCCACAACCCUGUCACUGACAAAGACAACAGGGACCGCCACAGCCACACCACGGACAAAGACCACAACAGAGACCGCCACACCCACAGCUCUGCCACUCACAAAGACCACAAUAGGGAACACCACACCCACAGCCACACCACUGACAAAGACCACAACACAGACCACCACACCCACAACCCUGCCACUGACAAAGACCACAACAGGGACCGCCACACCCACAGCCCCGCCACUCACAAAGACCACAACAGGAACCACCACACCCACAACCCUGCCACUGACAAAGAACACAGCACGGACCACCACACCCACAACCCUGUCACUGACAAAGACAACAGGGACCGCCACAGCCACACCACGGACAAAGACCACAACAGAGACCGCCACACCCACAGCUCUGCCACUCACAAAGACCACAAUAGGGAACACCACACCCACAGCCACACCACUGACAAAGACCACAACACAGACCACCACACCCACAACCCUGCCACUGACAAAGACCACAACAGGGACCGCCGCACCCACAGCCCCGCCACUCACAGAGACCACAACAGGGACCACCACACCCACAACCCUGCCACUGACAAAGACCACAACAGGGACCGCCACACCCACAGCCCCGCCACUCACAAAGACCACAACAGGGACCACCACACCCACAACCCUGCCACUGACAAAGAACACAGCACGGACCACCACACCCACAACCCUGCCACUGACAAAGACAACAGGGACCACCACACCCAGAACACCACCACUCACAAAGACCACAACAGAGACCACCACACCCACAGCCACAACACUGACAAAGACCACAACAGGGACCACCACACCCAGAACCUCGCCACUGACAAAGACCACAACAGGGACCUCCACACCCAGAACCCCGCCACUGACAAAGACCACAACAGAGACUGCCACACCCACAGCCCGGCCACUGACCAAGACCACAACAGGGACUGCCGCACCCACCACCCCGCCACUGACAGAGACCACAACAGGGACCACCACACCCACAGCCCCGCCACUGACAAAGACCACAACACAGACCUCCACACCCACAACCCUGCCACUGACCAAGACCACAACAGGGACCACCACACCCAGAACCCCGCCACUGACAAAGACCACAACAGAGACCACCACAACCACAGCCCGGCCACUGACCAAGACCACAACAAAGACCGCCACACCCACAGCCCCGCCACUGACAAAGACCACAACAGGAACCACCACACCCAGAACCCCGCCACUGACAAAGACCACAAGAGGAACCACCACACCCACAGAACCCCACCACUGACAAAGACCACAAGAGGGACCACCACACCCACAGCCCCACCACUGACAACGACCACAACAGGUACCAUCACACCCACAGCCCCGCCACUGACAAAGACCACAACAGGGACCUCCACACUCAGAACCCCACCACUGACAAAAACCACAACAGGAACCACCACCCCCAGAACCCCGUCACUGACAAAGACCACAGGAGGGACCACCACACCCACAGCCCCACCACUGACAACGACCACAACAGGUACCACCCGAGCCCAGAACUCAGUCAGCACAGUACCACCACAAAGCUCUAGCUUUAGUUCUACAUUAUCUUCUCCAUCUCUAAACCCAAGCCAAAGUCCUUUCACCACUUCUGUUUCUGUGCCGAACCUUCCACAUUACCCCUCGUCUUCAUCCAGCACCUCCACUCUCUCCUCCCUGCCCGCUACUUCCUCUCUUCCUUCUCACGUGUCCUCACACACCACUCCUCCUUUUAUAUCAUAUUCCCCAUCACCUUCAGCAGUUUCCACUUCACAGAGCAUCCCAACCGCUAGUUCAGCUCCGCACAGCCCUUCCCCCUCUGCACCCGUGACCAUAUCACAUACAGCCCCCCUGUCUGCCAGCCGCUUUUCCCCAGCCACCAUCGUGUCCGUCAGGCCCUCCCUCUCACCCCCAUCCUCUCCCACGCUGUCCCCUCUCCCCACUCCCAGUACCAUGGUCCUGUCUACAUCCCAGACCACACCCAGCAAGCCCACCUCCUCAGCUCUGUCCUCUCGGUCCACUACCUCAAAGUCCACCUCUCUCACGACCCGAGCCCCCACGCAGGGCCUCCUGUCUUCCACCCUGGGAGUGACAGCCAUCCCAAGUUCCCCAGCCACCAACCUCACCACCAGACAGCCAAGUACCACCGGGCUGCCGGCCAGCGUAUUCCUGACCGGCUCCAUCACUGCGCAUGGAAGCUCCUCCUUUCCCACUGCCGGGUCCUCUUCCACCAGGGGCCAGUCCAUCUCCUCUCUCGUCACAUCUCUACCCAGCUCUCCAGGUACUGAGCCCAGCAGACCAGAAACACCUCUGCCCGCAGGGACCUGCAGCGUGAGGGAGUUUGAGGAAAAGGUCACUUACCAGGGGUGCACGGCCAACGUGACGGUGACCCGCUGCGAGGGCGUAUGCGCCUCCUCGGCCAGCUUCAACACUGACACCAUGCAAGUGGACACCAAGUGUAGCUGCUGCUACCCCCUCGGCUCCCAUGAGAAGCAGCUCGUGCUGCCCUGCCCAGACCCCAGGGUGAGGGGACGGCGGCUGACGCUGACGCUACGGGUAUUCAGCAGCUGCACGUGCCGCUCCCAGCGCUGCGGAGACUAGAGACCUGGCCCCGGGAGUGAGGACCAAGCCGCGCCGCCGGCACCCGCUCCCCCCGACUCACCGUGCCCAGCAGCCCCUUUCCUAGGCACAGGGCGUGGCCUCAAAGAGCCCUCAGAUGCAGCUCACCCAGGCAUCUGAAGAGAAAGGUCCUGCAGACCCUGACCAAACCCAGCAGGCUGCCCUGCACUGCCAGCCUCGGGACUGCACAGGGCACUGCCCACCGCCCAUCCACACAGCCUCCCGGCCUUCGAAGGCAGCCUUCCAGUCCUGCUGGGACCAGAACCCCACCCCCGGUGGCAGGAGUGAGGAAGGCUGCUGCAGAGGGGAUUCCUGGGGAAACAGGGGCCGCCCAAGCAGAGAA